AUGGAUAAAGCAUUUGAUCACUUGUUUCUUCAAUUGAAAUCAAAAGUUCAGCAAGCAAAAUCUGUUAUGCUUCUAUUUAAUUUAACAUUAGAUGACACUGAAAAUGUUUAUAUGGUAAUCACUUGUUAUUGGUUAACUGAGAAUUUCGAAUUUCAUAAAAUUUUAUUAGGAAUGAGUGUCCGUUUUGAGUUUAACUUUAACAACCUAAUUUUAGAUUGUAUCGAAAUUUUAAAUAAGCGGAAAUUAAAUAAUUUGAAAUUUAUUAGCGCUACAGAAAUUUUAUAUGACCUGUUUUAUCUCUUUGAGGCUAAUGAUAAUAAAAAUGCACAAGGAAUGUCUAAUAUUAUCACAGCCAUUCUGAAUGCUUUUGAUAACUUUAACUCAAUAAUAGAGUUUUUGAAGGAUCAAAGAAUAAAAAAAGAAGUGAAUACAUCAAUUGGUAAUCUUCAAAGGGCGAGGCAAAUUGACACAUAUGACUUUAUUACUGAAAAACCUUUGCAACAUACUAAAGUCACUUCGAGAAAUAUUAUAAAACUGUUAACUGACGAUUUUAAUAUUUUAAACGAAAUUUCUCCAAUUACUUUGUCGAAUGAACUUUCUCAGUUUACUUAUUAUUAUUCAAAAGUUACCAGCUCGUUUGAUAACACUUUGGAUGGAUCAAUACAAAAUUUAGCAAAUGAUGAAUUGGAACAUUACAUUAAUUAUCAGCAAUUUUUUGAUGAAGACUUUAAUCUUUAUAAAUGGUGGCAAAGUUCAAAAACUACAUUUCCGGGGUUAGCUAAUCUUGCAAGUGAAUAUUUGCUUUUGGCUUCAAAUAAUGAAAUUCAGUUAGAUAAUCUUGAUAAAUUUGAAAAUGUUUAUAAAAAUGAUGACAUG